CGCUGCGAGCCCAUCAAAAGUCAAACAAACAUAGAGCCAUGAAACUGACUCUCACCAUUGGACUAAUCCUCGAGGCCGUCGGAGCGCUGGCCCAGCCGCAGGGAAGGAUCGCCGGAGGCGAGGACGCCGUUCCCGGCCAGCUGCCCUACCAGGCCUCCCUCUCCGUCGGCGGCAGCUACAACUGCGGCGCCGUGAUCAUCGGCCAGCGGUACGCCCUCACCGCCCUCACCUGUGUCUGCUCCGACGGCAAGGACACCCCGUGGCCAGCUGUUCUAUUUGCCGUGACCGUGGGAUCCGUGGACCUGUACACCGGCGGAAAGCAGAUCCGCGUGGAGGAGAUCACGAUCAACCCGAACUACAGCACGUUGAAGACCGGAAUUGCACUGCUGCGUCUGCAGGAGGACGUUCCGUUCGGCGCGACCGUGGCCCCAAUUGCCCUCUCCCGGGUCACUCCGCCCCUGGGCGCCCAGGUGGAGGUUUCCGGAUGGGGCCGCACCAGCGAGUCCGAGGUGAACAUGCACCGCACCCUGCAGAUCGGCGCAGCCGAGGUGAUGGCCCCCCGCACAUGCGCCCUGGCCAAAACGGAGGAGGUGCAGAGCGACCAGGUGCUGUGCCUGGGCCAUGGCCGUCGCCAGGGCAUCUGCAGCGGCGACAUGGGCGGACCGGCCGUGUACGAGGGCCAGCUGGUGGGCCUGGGCGCCCAAAUGCUUGGCGAGUGCGGCGGCAUGCUGCCCGAGCGAUUCAUCAGCAUCGCGGCCAACUACGAUUGGAUCCAGCAGCAGUUGCAAUAAAGCACUAUCGAUAAUGACAGCAUGACAAAAGCA